CCCGGCACCGCCGCCGGGAGGACCGGGAGGAGGGCUGGAGGAGGAGCAGGAGGAGGCGACCGGCCCAGCCCGGUCUGGGGGAGUCGGAGCGAUGCUGACCUGCCUGACCCGGGGGAGCGGCCUGGACACCCCGCAGGAGGGCUUAACCGAGAACCAGCUGCAGACGUACGUGGCCUGGGUGAACGGCCAGCUGAAGAAGAGGCCGGCGGUGCGGCCCGUGCAGGACCUGCGGCAGGACCUGCGCAGUGGCGUCGUCCUGGCGUGUCUCAUCGAGAUUGUGGCCGGGGAGAAGCUGAGCGGCAUCCAGGCAAGCCCCAGCAGCCAGCAGGAGAUGCGGGCCAACGUGGACAAGGUGCUGCAGUUCGUGGCCUCCAGGAAGAUCCGCAUGCACCAGACCUCGGCCAAAGACAUCGUGGAUGGGAACCUCAAGUCGAUCAUGCGUCUGGUCCUGGCUCUGGCGGCCCACUUCAAGCCCGGCUCCGGCCAAGGGCCAGCGCGUGGCCCGGCCCCCCAGCCCGGCUAUCGGCCCCCCUGCGCUGCCGCCGUGGCCCAGACCGCCGCCGCCGCCCUGGCCGAGGUGUGUCACGAUGUGUCGCGGUCCGGGCGAGAGGUCUUCCGCUUCCGCCAGAGGAGCAGCAGCCUGGACGAGGAGAUCGAGAACCCGUGCUGGAGCGUGCGGGCGUUGGUGCAGCAGUACGAGGGGCAGCAGGGGGUCCCGCCCGAGGGAAGCGCCCCCAGCCUGACCUCCUCCAGUCCGCUCCACAGUGCCAAGAGUGAGUCGGCCUCCCCUCAGGCAGAGGAACGAGCCAGCUUCGUGAUAGUCCCCUGUGAGGCAGCGGAGAACAGGACAGAAGAGGCAGACGCCCCGUUUUCUCGGGACUGGCACGUGGGGCGCUCGGGGACGUGGGAGGAGCAGCUGCUGGAGCAGCAGGACCACUUGGAGAAGGAGAUGGAGGAGGCCAAAUCGCUCAUCUCCGGCCUACAGGCCCUGCUGCUCCACGGCUCGUUGCCAGAGGACGACCAGGAGAGGUCACUGGCCAUCGGCGACCACGGAGCAAACCCCGAGGAGCAGCUGGUCAUCGUCCGCAGCCGCCUGGACCUCAGCACGGAGGAAAACCAAGGGCUGAAGAAGGAGCUGUUGAAGUGCAAGCAGGAGGCCAGAACUUUACAGGGCAUAAAGGAUGCCUUGCAACAGAGGCUGGCCCAGCAGGACGCGUCAGUUCUGCAGCUCAAGCAAGAGCUGCUCAGGACCAGCAUGGACAGGGAUGAGUUGCAAAACCAGAACAUGGACCUGCAGAGGAAAGUGGACGAGAGGGACCGGCUCUUGGGAGAGGUCAAGAGAGACUUGGGUCAGCGGGAUCGCUGCCUCCAGCAGCACCAGGCCAGGCUGGACCACCUGCAGCGCAAACUCGCCCAGGCCAACACCCAGCAGGCGGAGCUGAAGCGGGCACUGGAGCACAAGGACGCUCUCCUGUCCCGGAGCAUAAAGAGAGACUCUGAUGAGGUCGCCCACUGCCCCGACCUCGGUUUCCAGAGCAAUGGUCUCCCCGCCCCCUCCACCGCAGCGGCGGCCCAUGGGGUCCCGCCCCCGCUGCGCCAGCGUGGCGACCUGCAGCUGGUGCGCGACGCCCUGCGUAGCCUGCGCGACAGCUUCGGCGACCACGACCCGCAGCACCACACCAUCGACAGCCUGGAGCAGGGCAUCUCCAGCCUCGUCGAGCGGCUGCACCUCGCCGAGAUGCUGCCCAUACGCCCCGAGAGACGGGUUCGCGGGAGGUCACCGGGGCGAGCAGCGGGCGAAGCCCGGGAGUCGUGGCCUCCCUGUCCCGACCUGCCCCCGGAGCCGAGCUCUCCGGCCAGCGGCAGCGGCACCAAAGUGCUCUACUUCACUGACCGCUCGCUCACGCCCUUCACGGUCAACAUACCAAAGAGGCUGGGGGAGGUGACCCUCCGGGACUUCCGAGCAGCCAUUGACCGGGGCGGGAAUCUCCGCUAUCACUUCAAGGCCUUGGACCCCGAGUUUGGCACCGUCAAGGAGGAGGUUUUCCACGACAACGACCUCAUUCCCGGCUGGGAAGGGAAAAUCGUGGCUUGGGUGGAAGAAGACCAUGGAGAGAACUGAGGCUCCUCCCCUCGCCCCUCGCCAUCGAGGACCGACCCGAGGCCCCGGCGGGGUCCGGCUCCAGCCGCCCGAAGGGGCGUCUCUGAAGGCGGCGACCUGGGCCUGGGCGCCUCCGCCUGGCCUCCGACACCUGGCACGCAGUCCCGGCCCGGGGCCGGGGACUUGCCUGGCACCGCAUGGCAGGGACACGGUUUUGUUUCUCUGCUGGCGACAAGCAGACACGGUGCUGAGAUCCCCAGUGGGGCUGAGUGACCGAGGAGGGCGGGUCUCCCCUGUCCUCCCCUCCCCGGCACUCGCACCCCCGCCUCCGGGCGGGGGAGCAGAACGCAGCUCUCCAAAGCCCCUCGGACUUGCUGCUGGUGGGGGCCUCCAACUCUCCUCUCCCGGACCGUGGCCUUGGCAUACGGAAGGAGCUAGGGCGGCUCCUUGGUCCCGGGGGUCGGCGAGGGGUCCCUCACCACCCUCCCUUGACUUUGCUUUACCAGCAGCCGUCAGGUUCCCAGGGUUCCCUGUCCGGCGGGACAGGGCCAGGCCGCUGACCCACCCCGAGACGGCACAUCCCGGCCCGCCCUAGCCUCCUACCGCACGCUCCCGGCGGGCCGGGAUGGGACCGGGCUGGGCGAGCCGCCGGGCUCAGAGACCUGGACUCGCACAGCCAGGCGCCGGGCACCCUUCCCUCCUACCAACCCAGCCUGCUACCACUGCCGACGUCCACUGCCAGUCGGAAGACCUGCCCGCCUCGAUCCGGUGCCGCCGCGGGCAGCAGCGGGGCCCGACGUUUUACCGUUUGAUCGCCGUCUGUCCCUUUUGUACCGCGUUCCCCGGGGUGUGGGCUGGCUUGGUUGGCUGCAGUCCACAUCUAUUUUUAUAACCCCGAGGUCGGGCAGGCAGGGAGUUUUCCUCUCUCCUCCCAUCCAGGCCAGCCUCGUUUUCUAAAGAAUCCGGACAGCUUUUCUAUGAGUUUCAGGUGCGCGCGGUUUGGUUACCAAAUUGCCCGAUUACCAGUCCAUCCCGGGGCCUCAACCGCCCCCGCCCUGCCAGUCGUCGGGACCACUGGGCCUUGCCGGUGAGCCGCUCCCCACCUCAUCGGGAAACACGAGGGCUCGGAAACUCCCCUAAGGUCCCACUCGGUUUCGGUUCUUGUCUACUCAUCUCUGGAAUCGGCCUGAUUCUAGGGGCUGAUUCUUGGCGUCCGUCUACUGGACCCUGAGGGAGAGGCCCUGGGAAGCUGGCGAGGGAAGCAGCAUCACUGACCUGGGGGGCUCUGGUAGGUCACAGGGUCAUGAGGUCAGGCAGGGUCUUGUAGGCGGGCCCCAUCACCCUCUGGGAGAAGAAGAAAGGGGAACAGGUCUGCGAGGGGGGACCUAAUUGUUGAGUUGAGGGGUGGCGGGACACCGUCUCCCCCCGACUAACUGGAGGUAAUGGCCUUACGUUGGUGGGUGGGUGUUGGGGGGUCCGGAUGCCGUGGCUCCCAACCCCGCACCCUACCUCAAUUCCCUAAUCCUGGUGCGUGAAGAGAAGGGGUGUGUGGGAGCAAUGGCUGUCGAAGUAUACAGCAGUGGGCAGGGGCAUGUAGGAGCGAGUGGGGCAGCUCUUUGCUCAGGGAAAGCUACGGGAGGCAGCGCUGGGCCUUCUCCAUUCAGGAAGUCAGUGGAAAAGCCCACAUUUCCCUCUGCCCUCUCUUCCAGUGUAGCUGGAGCAUCUCUCCCAGGUAGCCAAGGGGGUUUCAGAAAAGUCAAGCUGGAUGGGAGGAAGAAUGCUUGCUUCUCUUAGAAUGUUUCCUCAGAGUCCACAGGGUAAGGCCCCAUACCCCUGUCUCUCUGGGGUGGGGACCGCCUGUCUAGUGGACCCUGUGGGAGAAGCCUGGAGAGGAAACACACUGCCUUGGGGGGGGGAGUGCUCGGUGGUCACAGGGUCAUGGGGUUCAUGGGGAGCCAGAAGGAGCUCGUUCUAGGGGAGGCAAGUUUAAGUGGUCAAGAUGGACACUGGCUGUCCUCCCUCUCUCCCUCCCCGCCACCCCACCCCCCGAUUUUCUCCAUGAGAAAAAUUGCUUUAAGGAGCCACUGGGUCAGUGGGAAACUCUUUCCAGCAAGACACUACCCCGCCCCAGCGGCUCUUAGGCAAGGGCCGAUUCUAGAGGUGAGUCCAGCCCCGAUCAUGGCUCCCCACUCUGCUCCAGGAGUCAGGGGCCACUUCGGCCCCGAGAAAGCACAUAGCCCAGUGCCACGUUGUUUCACCAAGUAUUCAUACAGUUCAUCUGCACCCGGCAGUGUUGGCCUGCAAAGGGGGCGGGGGGGCCUUGUGAAGGCUGGUUGCCCCAUCGCGUGAGGUUUAAUUUUCUCAGAAACAGAAGUUGACCACCCUCCUGCCCCGAGGCUGCUCCGUCCAAGUCAGAGUCCGCGUUCCGAUUGAAUUUCUGAUGAGAUCGUGGGGGUCCUCUGCCUGUGUAACCCUGAAUAAAAUGGAAUCUGGAACCUU